GGAGUGCGGGAAAAGGAACUGGGUCUCGCUGCGCGUGCCAGAAGUGAAGCCGUGAAGAAGAAGAAAAAUUGCUCCGUGCAAAAGAAGACUAGGGAUAAAAUACGCGACUCUCUCUUUUUGUAUUAUUUUUUUAUGAUUUUCCAUCCAAAAAAAAACAGUAGAGUAUCCCUUUCCGUGUUUGUUUUCUCCGGCCAAGCCAGCAAUCAAUCGGUAUAUGAUUAUAGUUUUAUGUUACUUUAUUGAUAAACCAUAGAGUGUAGAGAGAAUAAAUUCCGUCAUCAUCCCGUGGUGAAGAAUACAGUUGCAGCAGAUCGACAUCUACGGUUUGCUAUAGUUUCAUAAAAUUCCGGUGAAUUGCGAAUUUCGAGGAAAAAAAAGAAAAACACUUGCCAAGUUUUCUAAAAAAAAGUGUGUUAAAAGUGCUGUGCACAUUUUUUGUACUCCUAAAGUUGCAAGAAAAAGAGAUACAAAAAAAAACGAGUCCAAGGCUGGCUCUGGAUGAGUGAGCGAACUGUGCAUUAGUGUGUGAGAGGAGAGCAUAAGAAGGAAAAAGAAACUGUUCGGUGGAAUUUCCCAACAAUAUUUUAUAAGUUGCUGAAAAACGUACUUUUUUCCUCUACCUAGCAACAGAUUGCUUAGUGGUCGGUAUCAGCAAGCGAAAAAUUGCGAGCAGGAAAGAGAGGGAAAGCCUUUGUCGAAAAAUCGUGAGUGAUCGGGAAAGAAUAGGAAAAAAAAAGUUGAAGGCAAAUUGAUACACAAAACGUGCGUGAAUGUGUGAGUGUAGUUAAACGGUGAUACAGUAUCGUUGUGUGUGUACUACGACGAUUCAUACCCAUACAGUGCCGAGCAAGUAGAUAUAAAAAUAUUUCAUUGAAUUUUUACGUGGCAAAAAAGGCAGCGAAACACCGACCGCACCGCGGCCACAGAGUAGCGCCCUCUCAGCGGCCGACCGCCAUAGCACACACAGUUGUCUGCGAGUUGAACGUCGUCGUCGUCGUCGGAAGAGAGCAAGAAAAAAACAACAACAAAUAGUUGCUAUCAAUUGAACACGGCAGCAGCAGCAACAGUAACGCAACAAGCAAACACACCGAGAGAAGAAGUAGAGCGCGGGGUGCCCAUUUGGGGAGUGAGAAAUAGCGAAGCAAAAGCGGCCAAUACCGACGUUAACAGGCGGACGUUGUGCUUUGAGUGCUUUGGGCUGUGCGGAUUGUGUUUAGUUGGUCUAAUCGCACCCAUCGCCAAGCGCCCAGACAACAACAGAGUAGUGGUGUGUAUCGCGGGGGGAAGAAAAAAAAACCGAAACCGAAGGCACCAUUCGGCCAAGAGUAGCGCUCGCCGUGUCUCAAGAUGGCCGCCCUGUGUGCUGGGAGCUACGGACUGUCCCAGCAGCAGCCGCAGUAUCCCAACAAUGACAACAAGGAGCUGAUCUUCGUCAAGCUGACCGAUUCGGCGUUGCGGGCAAUCGAGGAGUUCCAGCGGAAUCAGCUCAAAUUGAACACCGGGCUCAACCCAUCGAUACAAUUCCUCGCGAAUGGCCAGGGUUACCUGUCGUUCCCCUCAAGCGGCAACAAUGUGCAAAAGUUCAGCUUCUCGAUUACGGACAUCGAGGGUGGUGGUUCGAUCGAGUGCGUGCAACAGAACCAGGGUCAGCAGUUGCAGAAUAUGGGUCACAUUCCGCACAAGAUGCGGAUACAGGCCAACGACGAUGUGUACGAGACGACGAGGCACCGGAUGGCGGCCGCCGAGGAGAAUCAAAAGAACAAAUGUACAAGAGAAAUCAAGCCCAAUCAAACCGAUAUUGGACGGAAGGUGAAAUUAAAAAACCCAACCGGCCGUAUCAGCAACAUUCCUAGUAAUAAUACAGUCCUAAGCAAACGUGAUUCGCUGCACGGUUCUAACCAUAAUAGCUACAACGGCAGCAGUAACAACAACAACAAUAACAACAACAACAGUAGCAGCAAUAAUGGCAACGCUGUCAACAGUAGCAACAACCAUUCGUCGUCAGUUCCCGUGCUCGCAAGCAACCACAAUCACCACCACAACAACAAUAUUAGCAACAACAGCUACAGCAACCAUUCGACAUCACCAAAACUACCGAAAAGCAAUGGGCUGCAGCACAACAAUCACCACCACAACAAUGCGCUGCCGACGCUGCAACAGCACCAACAGCAGCAGCAGCAACAGCACCAACAGCAGCAGCAGCAACAGCAACAUCAGCCAUCGAAGCCAGGCUACCAGCACACGGUGCAUGAUCCUCCCCAACAGCAACAACCGCAGCAGCGACCGGAACAGUCCCAGCAAAAGUCUGAAAAUGGUGUCACAUCCGGCCGGGUGACGAACGGGCGAACGCAGCAUAGCAAGCCCGGCAAUCCGGAGAUUAUGAAGAGAAACAUUAGAGAAAGGUUGAUCCAUCUUCUCGCACUGAGGCCAUAUAAGAAACCGGAACUGUACGCCAGAAUACAGCAAGACGGUCUUCGCGGACAGGAGAAAAUUUGCAUAGCACAGGUACUGAAAACCAUCUCCAGCAUGCGGGAUAAUGUCUACUAUUUGCAUCGGCACAUCUGGAACGAUGUGCAGGAGGACUGGCCGUUCUACACGGAGCAGGAUCGGCAAACACUCAAAAGGCGGAAACCUCAAAAUUUGACACCUCCUCUCAGCUCGGACGGCGGAUCGUCCACGUCAGGCCAGAGUCCGUCCAGCGCGCACAACGGUAGCAGUCCGCCGUCCGGCAGCAAAAGGCCAUCGCUCCCUACCAACGAGGAAAGCAGCAUAGGGAGUGCACCCACGUCCAAGAAGCCACGGAUUAGUCACUACAAGAAGGACGUCCUGCCGGAUACCAAUCGUUCCAUUCGAAAAAGCGAAACAAAAUCACAAAAUCCAAAAUAUCCCCUCUCUAGGCGAGGUGUAACCGAUUCCAGGGACACUAGUAACAUGAAUCCACGUUCAAGGCCGCAAGAAGAUAGUAUGCGCUCCUACCACCACGGAUCGAAUGUCACCCCAAGUGCACAGGAAUCGGAAGACAGUGGCGUCAGCCUGAGCUACUCUCUGGUGUCCAACGACGUUGCCCGGCGGAUACAGCCACCCACGACUGCCGCCGAGGUGGUGACGGACGCGAUGACCGAGCGCGAUAACUACGACGACCAGAUCACCGCCUACCGGGAGGACUCGAAGAAGGUCAAAAAUCUGAAGGACGACUUUAGGUGCGCCCGUCGAAACAAUGACCAGUUUACGCGAAUCACCACGGUGGAACAGCGUCGGAAAUAUAAGACUGAAUUCGACAACGAUUUCCAGGAGUACCGCCGGCUGCACGAGAUCGUUGAGCGCGUGUCGAGGAAGUUUGCCCAACUGGAGGAGGACCUGCAGAUGGAGCGGCAUAACGAGAGGCGAUACAAGGAAAUUCAACGGAAAAUCAUUAGGGAAUACGACGAGAGCAUAAAGGAUAUACGGUUUCAGGAAACGAAGCAAAGGUUCAACUAUUUACACAGCAAGCUAUCUCAUAUCAAGCAUCUUGUGCACGAUUACGAUGUCGCCAUUACCAACGGACUGUGUCGGCCGCAGGAGAAUUACUGACGAUUAUUGAAGCCUGUAAAGCAGCACCCGUCGCAAUUCGUAUGUUGAUGACAUACUGUAAACUUAACUCAAAACACAGAGAGAAACCUAAACCUUAAGCGAGUAAGACAGAGCAGCACUGGGCGGCGGCGCGCUGGACCCCGAGCACUUCAGUGGAACCACUUCCACUGCUCUCUCUCUCGGCGGCUCAUCAUUCAGUAAAUCAAACACAACCAAACACAUUGAAUCUGAGCUACUAGAAGAGUGUGUAUACCCAUGGUUUCCACAGCAGUGUUAAUAUGCGCGCCAAACCAUUGCUUUUCAUACUAAACUAUUACCGGAAAGCAGACAGCAACAGAAGCAGCAGCAGUAGCGGCAAGCAAUCCUUUGUUACCUUUUUAAAAAAUAUUUGUUUAGCAAUUAGAGUCAGCCAAGGAGAACCUAAUUUAAUCGAUCCGGCGGAUCGAACCGGAUCAGUUGGAUCUUGUGCAGUAAACCAGAGCCUCAUCAGCAAAGCGGUUCCAUCUAGGAAAUCGAAAAAUCUCUCAUGACUCGCAAUGAUAUGUGCUCAUUCGGUUCUCAUUUCCCUCAAUUAUGAUGACCCGUAUCCAGGUGAACACUCAAGCUCACAAUGAAGUUCAAGGAAGUAGGAGACUCACUCAUGAGAUGGCCUGAACACAUCGGGUAAGAAUGAGAACGAAGUGAAAGCGGGGAAGUGACUUCCACAUACACACUUCCGCCUUAAAUAAUGUUGGCUAGCGGGCAAUGCCAAUAAUCGAACAUCGGAAUACGAAACACGUAUACUGUUGGAGAAGGAGGAAACGUCAAGCAGCAUAACACAACGCAUCCACACACACACACACACACACAUAUAUAUAUAUAUAUAUAUAUAUAUAUAUAUAUAUAUAUAUAUAUAUAUAUAUAUAUAUAUAUA